AUGCUGGCUCAAAUUUGGUUGAACGUAAAGCACAGUUUUCAGGCUACGUUGCUGUCUUUGACUAUGUGGUGGCAGGCUGCCUUCCCCAUAUCUGUGUCACCCUCAAUGGCUGCUGAUGAUUACAACCCCGUCUCACUGCGACACAAGUCCAAGAAGAAGAACAGAGGAGGCAAUGGUGCAAUGAGCAGGCGGAGGGUGUCAGUCAAAGAGCUGGGUCAGCCAGACCACCAGGGUUGGUUGUACAAGAAGAAAGAUAGCAAAGGCUUCCUCGGUAUCAAAUGGAAGAAGUUUUGGUUCAUCCUAAAGAAGACUGCAUUAUAUUGGUACACAAACCCACUGGCGGAGAAAGCGGAAGGCUACAUUGACCUUACCAACUUCAUGAUUGACCGGGCCAUUGAGUGCAAGAAGAAACAUGCAUUCAAAGCCUGCCACCCCCAAGUCAUGAUGUUUUAUUUCGCUGCUGAGAAUCAUGAAGAGAUGAAUUUAUGGUUGAAUAAACUUGGGCUAGCCUCCAUUCAUUAUGAGCCGACGGAGCAAAACACAGCAGCUGAAUGCUACAGUGAGGCGAGUGACCAUGAGGAAGCAGAAACAACAGACAUACCUCCACCACCAUACUAUGAACAGACCCUGCAUGAUUUGGUGACUCCAGCUGAUCCACCUGGUAGCACACAUCAGGGCACUCUUCCUCCACCGUACUCCUCAGCUGUCCCUAGCGAAGCAAAUGGUUCGCAUUCUUCGCCCCUUAGUACCAUGACAUCGCAGAGUUCGUCCGCCUCGUCUCUUUCCAAACAACGCCAGUCCUGGUUGGACCUAGUCGCACAGGUGUCACCCGCUUCCACAGGUGAAGCGCCAGUGGUUUGCGCAGUCCAGGUGGACUUGCAUCAACAUCCACCAGAGGCGGAGGAAGCGCUGGAGCGCUCAGCUCCUCUUCAGUUGGUUAAAGCAAAAUCGAAUGAUAACGGGGCGGUGCAAAGAGAGUCCUCAAGUGUUGCGGACAUAGGCGAUCACUGUAAUAGUGCUGAUGAGAUGGAGAAGCUGUAUAUUCACCUGAAGGAAGCCAGCCUGUCACCUAUUGGAGACCGCAAACCAUCCACGAAACGGGAAUUCAGGGCCUCCUUUGUUAAACGGUGCAAAGACCAUGCCGUCAAUGAUAAAUUGCAUCUUAUCAGAACAUUGAACAGCACAUUAAAGUCAAAACAGGCAGACCUGCAGGCACUCGAGCAGGUGCUUACGGAGCCUGAUCUAACUUCGGCCAGGUUCAAAGAAUGGAAGGAGGCCAAUGGGCCUUUGGUGCAAGAAAUUUGUGUCGCAAAUGACCAGCAGGUGGAGUCGGAGGCCUCCCAAGAUGCGGCAGCGGCCACUGCGGAUCCUGUGGCUGAAACCAGUUUAUAA